AUGGCGGACUCGCAAGAUACCCAUGAGAAUUCCUUACCAGCUCCGGCAGAAAAUCAACCAGUUGUUCAACUUUCCCUACUCUCUGGUGGCUAUCUGCACCUACCUGGGAAUCUCUUCGUUGAGGGAGCCAGCGCUGAGGAGACACUAAUAUGCCCGUCCAUGUCCUGGUUAAUAACGCACGCGCCCACAAACUCCAAGAUAAUUUUCGACCUUGGUCUACGAAGAGACAUCCAAAACUAUCCCCCCGGCGUUUACGAGCGAUUACAAAGUGUCGUACCCGUCGUUGUUAAGGAAGACGUAUCUGAUAGUCUCGAGAAAGCGGGUGUCGACCCAGCCGCCGACGUUGACGUUGUGAUAUUCUCCCACCUUCACUACGACCAUAUUGGUGACCCAUCACAUUUCGGGCCCAAGACGAAAUUCGUGGUGGGCCCCGGCGCGGGCAAACUGCUGCAUGGCCCGACCACGUAUCCUGAUGAUCCUCACUCGCAUUUUGAUUCUAGAUUGCUCCCACGCGAUCGGGUGGUCGAAUUGCCCACCCCGUCUUCAGUCGCAGACGGAGCCGAUCGGUACUGGGGACCUCUGGGCCCAUUCUCUGCCGCCAGGGAUUAUUUUGGUGAUGGAUCUGUCUUUAUAGUGGAUGCCCCGGGUCAUCUGGUCGGGCAUAUCAAUUUGCUGGUUCGCGUGCAGCCAAGCAAAUGGAUGUAUCUCGCUGGCGACACCGCCCACGAUGUUCGCCUUUUGAAUGGAACCCGCCGCUUUGCGGUAUAUCCCGAUCCUCACACUGGUCGUCCGAAAUGCGCCCAUGCAGAUAAGGCUGCAGCAGAAGCGCAUAUUAGACGGGUGAGAAAGCUCCAGGAAAUGGGCGAUGUAGAGGUGGUUCUGGCACACGAUGCCGCUUGGUUUGAUGAGAAUAAGCAUAGAUUUAGCAUCACUGGACCCCAGUCCUAG